ACGAAUUAGUCGGUCUUCUCAACAUUGGUUAAAAGGGUUGACUGUGACCAUGAAGUGCAUCCGUGUAACCGCUCCUAAGGAGCCCCUGGUCUUCCUUGACAAUGAACCGAUCCCAGAAGCUCCUGAUAAUGGAGCUGUUGUGAAGAUUUCCUACGGUGGAAUGUGCCAUUCGGAUGUACACUUCUGGAAUGGAGAUGAAAAUGUGGGUGGCGGCAAAGGUCUUCCACUCUUUAAGUACCCUUGCAUCCCAGGACAUGAAAUAGCCGGCGUUCUUUUCUCUUUGGGUGACAGCGCCACCAAGAACAACGAGAGUGGUCUGAAGCCGGGAGAUCGUGUGGUUGUCUAUCCGUGGAUCCAUUGUCAUGCAUGUAGCUCAUGCAAAGCUGGACAUGGCGAGUUCUGCAAGGAUGAAACCCUAUUGCGAUUGACGAGUAUUGGACUGAGACGUGACGGCGGAUUUGCCCAGUUCGUUGCCGUGCCAGACGUGCUGUUCGUGGUCCCUGUGCCCGCACCCAUACCUCUGCCAGUGGCCUGUCUUCUCCCCUGCAGUGGGGUAACUGCUUACCACGCUGUAGAAGAAGGCGUUGAGUUUGUGAAAAAUGUCACCGAGAUCACAGGUGGUUGCUCUGUCUUGACGAUCGGAGCGGGUGGAGUUGGCCAGUGGGGAAUUCGUUUAGCCAGAGCUAUGUACCCUCCAGAAACACAAAUCAUGUGCGCAGAAAUCAAGAAAGAAGCUUUAGAUGAGGUUGCCGGUAGAGUCCGUGGUGUUGAGCCGUUUCUC